CAGCAAAUUUUCCUGAUUGCAAAUCAGGUCCACUUUCAACAUUUCCUAUAUGUGAUCAAUCCCUUCCAUCACAUCAACGUGCUGCUGAUCUUAUUAGUCGUCUGACAACAGCUGAAAAAAUUACACAAAUGAUAACAACAGCAGAAGCUAUACCUCGACUAGGCUUACCAAAAUUUGAAUGGUGGUCAGAAGCUUUACAUGGUGUAGCAUAUUCACCUGGCGUUUCAUUCGGUGGUGAUCUACCAGCAGCAACCAGUUUUCCAAUGCCUAUCAAUCUUGGUGCAUCAUUUAAUAUGAAUCUUGUUUAUCGUAUGGCUAAUAUUAUAUCAACUGAAGCACGUGCAUUUAAUAAUGAAGGUCGUGCUGGUUUAGUUUUCUUUACACCAAAUAUAAAUAUAUUUCGUGAUCCAAGAUGGGGUCGUGGUCAAGAAACACCAGGUGAAGAUCCAUUUCUAACAUCACAAUAUGUUUAUGCACUAAUUAAUGGUUUACAACGUGGUGAAGAUGAACGCUAUCUAAAAAUAGCUGCUGAUUGUAAACAUUAUGCUGCAUAUGAUUUAGAAGAUUGGAAUGGUACAGAUCGUUUUCAUUUUGAUGCUCGUGUUAGUGAUCAAGAUCUUAUUGAAACAUACUUACCACCAUUUGAAACUUGUAUCCGUGAUGCAAAAGUUGCAAGCAUUAUGUGUAGUUAUAAUGCAGUUAAUGGUAUUCCAUCAUGUGCAAAUCAAUUUAUACUUGACACCAUUGCACGAGAAUCAUAUCAUCUAGAUGGUUUCGUUGUUAGUGAUUGUGGUGCUGUUGCAACAAUUAUGGAUGGACAUCAUUAUACAUCUACAGUACAAGAUACAGUUGCUGUUGCAUUACAUGCUGGUACAGAUCUUAAUUGUGGAGAUUUUUAUUCAAAACAUACUCAAGAAGCAUUAGAUAAUAAAACAAUUGUUGAAGCUGAUAUUGAUAAAGCACUUCAACGAACAUUUAAUAUUCUUAUUCGUCUUGGAUAUUUUGAUCCACCUGAACAACAACCAUAUAGAAAACUUUCAAAACUAGAUGUUGAUACAGUAGAAGCUAGACGAUUAUCAUUAGAAGCUGCACAAGAAAGUAUUGUUUUAUUAAAAAAUAUCAAUAAUGCAUUACCAUUAAAUAUCGAUCAAUUAAAAAAUAAAAAAAUUGCGUUGAUUGGACCAACAGCAAAUGCCACUGUGUUAAUGCAAGGAAACUACUAUGGACAAGCACCAUUUCUCAUUGAUCCUAUAACAGCAUUUCAAGGAGUAACACAAGGUUAUUCUAUCAAUAUUUCAUUUGCUUAUGGUUGUAAAAUAUCUGAUAGUGAUCAAAGUGGUUUUGCUGCAGCUAUUGAAUUAGCACAAUCAUCUGAUAUUGUCAUUUUCUUUGGUGGUAUUGAUCAAUCUAUUGAAUCUGAAGAUCAUGAUCGAACAUCAAUUACAUUACCUGAUAUUCAAUUAGCUUUGAUAAAACAACUUGAAAAAGUUGUUCAUUCAUCUCUUCAUGUUGUUAUUAUGUCUGGUAGUGGUCUUGAUCUAUCUUAUGUACGUGAUUCAAAUCAAUGUGAAAGUCUUAUUUGGAUGGGUUAUGCUGGACAAGCUGGUGGUCUUGCUUUAGCUAAUGUUAUAUUUGGUCAAUAUAAUCCUGGUGGACGUUUACCAAUAACAAUUUAUCCUGCAUCAUAUGUUGAUGCUGUUAGUAUGUUGGACAUGCAAAUGCGACCAUCAUCAACAAAUCCUGGUCGUACAUAUAAAUUUUAUACAGGACAAGCAGUUUUUGAAUUUGGUUAUGGUCUGUCAUAUACAAAAUUCAAUUAUUCAUGGUAUAAUGAUUCAAUGAAUUCAAUAUAUUCAAUCAAAUCUUUAAUGAAAAAUAAUUAUAAUGAAAACAAAGUACUUGUUCAUUUAUAUCGUGUUAAUGUAACAAAUAUAGGUCCAAUGGCAGGUGAUGAUGUUGUACUUGCAUUUGUAACACCACCAAAAAAAUCAUUAAAUGAUCAAACACCACCAAUUAAAAAGUUAUUUGGUUUUGAACGUGUUCGAUUAAAUGUUGGGCAAACAACUCAAGUCUUUUUUCCAUUAAAUGUUCAUUCAUUAUUAACAGUAACACGAGAAGGAUCAAAAUGGUUAGAACCAGGUUCAUAUAGAAUUCUAGUUGGAAAACAACACAUUCAUACAAUUCGUUUACAAGGAGAUCCAGCUCGAUGGUCUUAA